CAGAGAGACAGAGGGAGUCCCACACAGAUGUUUGAGCACACAGGCGGAGGAUAGGAGAGAGACAGAGAGAUUGAGAAAGACACUAUGUUAUCCAAGGACAUUCUCUUCAUUUCUCAUCACCAAGGAGACAGGACUGUGACCAGGAAAGAGACCCGAGGAUUGACACACAUAUCAUAAUUUGAAGUCGUUCAAGUGGUCAACAUGAGGAGCAGCUCUCAAGCCUGUGAGGUGAGGAUGUGGCUGUUUGUGGCCAUGGCUUUUCUUUGCCAGUGUGUGAUUGGUCAGACGCUGGAGGCCAAGGCGAAAGGAGCUCCGCCUCGUCUGAUCUGCAGUGUUCUGGGGUUGCCAGGGAGACCAGGUAAACCUGGCCCAAAUGGGCCGCCAGGGGAAAAUGGGAAUAUGGGAAUCCCAGGAAGAGACGGAAGAGAUGGCAGGAAGGGAGAGAAAGGAGAGAAGGGUGAAGCAGGGGAAAAGGGGAAACUUGGCCCAACGGGUAAACGUGGCGAGCGGGGUGUCCGGGGUCCAGGGGGGAAGAGAGGUCCUGAUGGAGAAUGCGGGGACGGGGGCCGACCAGGGCCUCCAGGGCCCCUUGGGAAGAAAGGGGACAAGGGCCAGCGAGGACCACUGGGUACGGCAGGCAUCUGCCGGUGUGGCAGCCUGGUGCCUAAAGCAGCCUUCUCUGUGGGAAUCACCAGCAGUUACCCUGCUGAGAAGGAACCUAUCAAGUUCAACAAGGUCCUCUUCAACGAGGGCGGCCACUACAACCCAGAGACGGGCAAGUUCAUCUGCGCCUACCCAGGCAUCUACUACUUCUCCUAUGACAUCACCCUGGCUAACAAACAUCUGGCCAUCGGGCUGGUGCAGAACGGGCAGUACCGCAUCAAGACAUUUGAUGCCAACACAGGGAACCAUGAUGUGGCCUCUGGGUCGCUUGUGAUGUUCCUGAACCCAGAAGACGAGGUGUGGCUGGAGAUCUUCUUCAAGGACCAGAAUGGCCUGUUUGCAGACGAAGGGUGGUCUGACAGCCUGUUCUCUGGAUUCCUGCUCUAUGCAGAUACCAACUACCUGGACUCACUAGCAGAGGACUACGCAUAGUGACUUAUAACGCUCAAUAAAGGACUGAGAGGACUGAGUUUGUAGCCUCCCCUUGACAUAUUUACAGUAUCUAUAUUUCAUCAUGUAUUAUUUAUAUUCUAUAUAACUAUGUGGGUGUACAUGUAUGCAAGCGUGUGUGUAUGUAUUGUGGGACAAGAAACAAUAUAUUUUUUAAAUGUUUGUUUACAAUGUUUGUUUGGAGAAAAAUGUCUAAGUAUCUCAAAGUGAUAUGUUUCAUUAAUAAAAUUGAUGAUAUGCACUCA